CCCUCUGCCUGCGCUCUGUUCCCUUCCAGUAGGACACCAACAAGGGUUUUCCACACGCAGGAGCGCCGAGCUUUCGCUCCGACCGUAGCAAAGACACGCAAGCCCCCCUUGUCGUGUCCCGCAGCUUCUCAGCAAGUGGACCCAAAGGACGAGCGGUGGGUUCGGACACCGAGACUGGAGAGUACAUCUGAGCGGAACCAAUGCGGUUGUCCGUGUGUGGCUGCGAGAUGCGAGCGUCGCUGUUGGUGCUGGUGUGCGUCUUAACUGCAGCCACCGGCCAGGAGCCUGACCACAACCACGGCUGUGCCCAUGGCAGCUGUUACCCGGCAACAGGGGACCUACUGGUCGGACGAGAGAAGAACCUGAAGGCCUCGUCCACGUGCGGCAUGAGGAGAAAGGAGCCCUACUGCAUCGUCAGUCACCUGCAGGAGGAGAAGAAAUGUUUCGACUGUGACUCUCGGAGGCCUUACGACCCUGUCUACAACAUUAUCAAUCACCGCAUAGAGAACGUAAUCACCACCUUUAAGCCUCACCGCAAGAAAUCAUGGUGGCAGUCAGAAAAUGGAAAGUCAAAUGUGUACCUCCAACUGGACUUGGAGGCAGAGUUUCAUUUCACUCACCUCAUUAUGACUUUCAAGACAUUCCGUCCAGCAGCCAUGCUGAUUGAGAGAUCGGCUGAUUUUGGUCGCACAUGGAAGAUCUACCGUUACUUUUCCCAUGACUGUGCCGCCAACUUCCCUGGUGUAACCCAGGGUCCUCUGCACACCAUCAACGAUGUCAUCUGCGAAUCACGUUAUUCCGACAUAGAGCCGUCCACAGAGGGAGAGGUCAUCUACAGAGUGUUGGAUCCAGCCAUCAGGAUUGAAGAUCCAUACAGCCCAAACAUCCAGAACCAACUGAAAAUCACCAACUUGAGGGUAAACUUCACUAAACUUCACACGCUGGGCGACAACCUGCUGGAUCCCAGACCUGAAAUCAAAGAAAAGUAUUACUACGCCAUCUAUGAGCUGGUUGUGCGUGGAAACUGCUUUUGCUACGGCCACGCCUCUGAGUGUGCCCCAAUCGAUGGCGUCAGGGAUGCUAUAGAAGGAAUGGUUCAUGGCAGGUGUGUGUGUAACCACAACACCAAAGGUUUGAACUGUGAGCGCUGUGAGGACUUCUACAACGACAUGCCGUGGAGACCCGCGGAGGGCCGCAACACCCACUCAUGCAAAAAGUGCAAUUGCAAUAGCCACUCAUCAGUGUGCCAUUUUGACAUGGCCGUGUAUUUGGCCACGGGCAACGUCAGCGGUGGUGUGUGCGAUGACUGCCAGCACAACACGAUGGGCCGAAACUGUGAAUUGUGCAAGCCUUUCUACUACAAAGAACCCCUCAGGGACAUCCGGGAUCCCCGGGUCUGCAUAGCUUGUGACUGCGAUCCAGAAGGUUCAGAGAACGGAGGGAUGUGCGACAGUCACACAGCGCCAACGUUAGGCAUGGUGGCUGGUCAGUGUCGCUGCAAAGCGAAUGUGGAGGGCCAACGCUGUGACAAGUGUAGGACCGGCUACUUUGGCCUAAGUGCCGAUAACCCUCAGGGCUGCCAGCCUUGCCGGUGUGACCACAGGGGAACAGUGGCAGGCAGCACCCAAUGCGACCCAGUCAGUGGCGACUGCUUCUGCAAGCGUCUUGUAACUGGACGAAGCUGUGACCAAUGUCUGCCAGAACACUGGGGCCUGAGUCUCGACCUGAAUGGUUGCCGAGGCUGCGAAUGUGACAUCGGAGCUGCUCUGGAUAACGACUGCUCCAUCGACAGUGGUCAGUGUCGCUGCCGCAGUCACAUGACAGGACGCCAGUGUACACAGGUGGAGUCUGCUUAUUUCUUCAUGGCUCUGGAUCACCUCUUGUAUGAAGCCGAGUUGGCCAAAAUGGGUCAGGGCUGCACACUGGCGACCCGAGAACACGAGCUGGGUCGUCCGGCCACAUGGACGGGUCUUGGGUUUGCCCGCGUACCUGAGGGUGGCACGCUUGAGUUCAUCAUCAGCAACAUCCCUUACUCCAUGGAGUACGACCUGCUCAUCCGCUAUGAGACACAGAUGCCCCGGGACUGGGAAGAGGUACGAAUAACAGUAAUCCGUCCGGGCCCGAUUCCAACGAGCAGCCCUUGUGGAAACACAAUCCCAGAUGAUGACAAACAUGUCGUCGCCCUGCCGGCUGGAGCCAGAUUCAUGGUCCCUCCGCAGCCCGUGUGUCUGGAGAAAGGUGUGACAUACACCAUCCGCUUUGAGUUCCGACGCUAUCAGGACGCCAACGUCGUCCUCAACGGAGCGGCCAAUGCUGUCCUCCUCAUGGACUCUAUUGCUUUGAUGCCUCGUCACUCUUCCAUGGAGCUCUUCAAUGCCGGGGACCUAGCCUCUAGCAACAGGAAGCAGACCUACGAGCGGUACCGCUGCCACGAGGGGGCGAAGAGCGUGAUCCACCCAUCAAUGAGUGAUACCUGUGCCAAGCUGAUCACAAGCAUGUCGGCUGUUAUUAACGACGGGGCUUUGCCUUGUAACUGCGACGCCCAGGGAUCCAUCAGCUCCGUGUGCGAUGUCCGCGGAGGUCAGUGUCGCUGCAGGCCCAACGUGAUUGGUCGACGGUGCGAACAGUGUGCUCCCGGAACUUAUGGCUUUGGACCCUCGGGCUGCGUUGCCUGUGGUUGCAGCGUGGAGGGUUCCGUCACUCGGCUGUGUGACAAAUACACCGGGCUGUGCCAGUGCCGGCCCGGAGCGUUUGGCCAGCAGUGCGACAGAUGCCAGGCAGGUCACUGGGGCUUUCCCAAUUGUCGCCCCUGCCAGUGCAACAGCCAUGCCGAUGAGUGUGACCAGAGGAGCGGUGCAUGCAUUAACUGCAGAGACAACACUGGAGGAGACAAGUGCGACAGGUGUGCCAAUGGUUACUACGGCAACCCAAUUGUGGGCAUAGCAGCUGGCAGCUGGUGUCGCCCAUGUCCCUGUCCGGACAGUCCCGCCAGUGGACGCCAUUUUGCAGCAUCCUGUUACCAAGACAACCGUAACCAGCAAAUUGUCUGCAACUGUAACCAGGGAUACACAGGUACUCGAUGUGAGGAAUGUGCUCCAGGUUACUAUGGCAACCCCUCUCAGCCGGGGGGAAGUUGCCAGCCGUGCCUGUGCAACAACAACAUCGACAUAUCUGACAUUGAUGCGUGUGACCGGCGAGUCGGCGAGUGCAGGAAAUGUCUUUACAACACUGAGGGGCCCAACUGCGGCAUCUGCAAAAGUGGCUAUUUUGGAGACGCAUCAAGACGAAAUUGCAGGAAGUGUGUAUGUAACUUCCUUGGCACGGAGCGCAGCCAGUGUAUGGAGCGCGAAGACUGCGUGUGUGAGCGGGCAACGGGCCAAUGCCAAUGUCUACCUAAUGUAAUCGGUCAGACGUGUGACCACUGCUCCCCCGGACACUGGAACCUCGCUAGUGGCAAAGGCUGUGAACCCUGCGGUUGUGACCCCCACAACUCAGUCACCUCAUCAUGUAACGAGUUUAGUGGACAAUGUCACUGUCGCGAUGGGUUUGGUGGGAAGACCUGCACAGACUGUCAGGAGAACUACUGGGGAGACCCUCGGACUCAGUGCAGAGCUUGUGACUGCGACUGGCGAGGCAUUGAGACGUCUCAGUGCAACAGAGUCACAGGUCACUGUGUAUGCCAGCAAGGGGUGUCGGGUGUCCGCUGUGAUCAGUGUGCCCGAGGUUUCUCUGGCAUCUUCCCCAACUGCCAGCCCUGCCAUCAAUGCUUUGGGGACUGGGACCGUAUUGUCCAGGACUUGGCGGUGCGUACCAAGACUUUGGCAGAGCGCGCCCAUGAGAUUCAGACCACUGGGCUUACCGGGCCAUAUGAGAAGGCUUUUAGGGACCUUGAAGAGAAACUGGCCCAAGCUCGAAUUAUCGUCAACUCACGCAAUGCCACUGCUGCUGCCAUUACCACUUUGAUGGAACUUAUUGAACAGCUUAGAUCUCUGAUCAGUGAGACCACUGACACACUGAACCGUCUGGAGGGAGAUUUAACUCUUGUCCAGGACAGCAGCUCGGAGGCCAGCAAGGAGCUGAGUGCUUUGGAGCGGGAGGCCAGAGAACUGAACUUCACUUCAGAGCAGCUCCAUCACCAGCUCGAUAUCAUUAAAAACUCCAAUUUCCUGGGCGCCUACGACAGCAUCCGUACCUCCUACAACAAGUCUUUUGAUGCUGAGCGCCGCGCUAACCAAUCAACAGUGAACAGGCCCAGCACAGUCAGCCAGUCGGCCGACACCCGCCGUCGCACCGAACGUCUCAUCUCUGCUAAGAAGGACGACUUCAACCGCAAAAAUGCUGCCAACAAACGCUCGCUUUCAGAACUCAAGACCAAAGUCCAGAAUCUGGACAUGCAGAAGAUCAAUGAGAAGGUUUGUGGUACAACAGACAAUGCUCCCUGUGCGGAAAGCCCCUGUGGAGGUGCAGGUUGCCGGGACGACGAGGGGAACCGUCACUGUGGAGGCCUAAGUUGCAACGGUGCUGUAGCAGCCGCUGACAAUGCUUUGGAAAGAGCCAAGCAUGCUGAGAAGCAACUCAACAAAGCCAUGGGAGAAGUUGAGGGACUUGUUAUCAAGGUGGCGGAAGCUAAGACUAAGGCAGAGGAGGCCAAGGGUAAAGCCCAAGCGGCUCUCGACAAAGCCAAAGCCACCAAGGACCAAGUGGAGCGCUCCAACAAGGACCUGCGAGACCUCAUCAAACAAAUCAGGGACUUCCUCAUGCACGAAGGGGCAGACCCUGACCAUAUUGAGGUGGUGGCCAAUCGCGUGCUAGAGCUCUCCAUCCCCGCUUCCCCUCUCCAGAUCAAACAGCUUGCGGACGAAAUUAAAGAACGCGUGCGCAGCCUGUCCAACGUAGAUGCUAUCCUGGCGCAGACCCAGGACGAUGUCAGAAAGGCAGAAAAACUACUGCUGGAUGCCAAGAGGGCAAGGCAUCACGCUGAAGGUGUGAAGACCACCGUGGAGACAGUGAAGCAGGCCUUGGUGGAUGCGAAGACUGCUCAGACAUCUGCAGAGAAGGCCAUCGCCAAAGCCAGAGCCGACAUUGACGAAACAGAGACUCGCCUGGCGCAGAUAGAAUCGGAGACGUCGAACAGUGAGCGGCAACUAAGCGAAGCCGUGCACCGUCUGGGCACGCUGGGCCGGGAGAUCAGUGUGCUGAAGACCAAACGCGCUAACAACAGCAUGGCAGCAGCCCGGGCUGAAGAGACUGCCACCAUGGCACGAGACAAAGCAAAUGAAGCCAAACAGAUUUUAGAUGGACAGCUUACCGAUAAGUACCAUGAGGUGAAGCAGCGUGUUGGUACUAAGGCCAAAGCUGUUCAAGAUGCCAAGGCGAAGGCAGAGAGCCUUAGGGAUGAGGCCAAAAAACUACUGCAGGACGCCGAGAACAAGUUGAAGAGACUAGCAGAGCUAGAGAAAAACUACGAGGAGAAUGAGAGAAGGUUGAAAGGCAAAGCUGAUCAGUUGGAUGGCUUAGAAGACAAAAUGAAAGCCAUCCUCAAUGACAUCAACAAACAGAUCCAAAUUUAUAACACGUGCCAGUAGUACGAGCUACCUUUUCUGGUUUGACUUACUAUUCUGCACUCUGCGUGUCAGGUGGAUCAUACCCAAAAAGCUGAACGUGUGGAAGUUGUGUUGAUUUUCAGUGUUUAAAAAACAAUCUGGAAUUGUAUGCUUGUAAAUGUGUGUACUGAAUAUUAAAAAUGUGUGUAUAAUUUAAAUUACAAAUGUCGAGUCCAAAGAUAAGGAAUAAAAUAAUGUGACAUUUACUACUGAGUAUAAUUUAAAUUAACUUUUUAAAGGCAGCAGGUUGACUAAAUUGGAAAUUUAGGAUAUUUACUCAACAAAUCUCACCGACAAAAACAAAACUGCUGGGUGGAUUGCUUUUGAGUUAAUUAAAUGAAAGCCCUCAAGCCACUUUUUUUUUAUCAUAUGAAAAGCAAGCCAAUGGGGAAAGCCAAUGAGUGUCGUAAUCAAAACUCGUAAGAUUAAGGGUGAUAUUGAGAACUGGUGACUUAAAUUUACAGUAUGACACUUGCCAGUGUUCCAUUGCAUUGAACAUAACAUAUUUUACCAGGCAUAUUAUAUUGUCAUAUUCCAUUUUAUUGAUAGUUUCAGUUUUACAGCACAUAAGUAAUUGUACAAAAAUAUAGAUUUUAUAAGAAUAGAUUUGUCAAAUAAAUUUUGCAUAACAUACAACUUCAUUCUCUUAAAUGUAUUAUGUACCAAAGAUGAGAGCAAAAAUGCCAAAGUAAUAAUGUACUACUGUAUUUCAGUGCCUUGACGUUGUGAAUAAAGGUUGGAAGUCUGUAUAA